ACUUAUUUUGAUCAAAGCAAGUCAAGCGGUAAAUGUGUCUCAAAAAAAGCAUUGUUGAUGUGCCGAAGAGAUGGAAAACGAAAUCAGUGCACAACUAGCUUUUAAGAGAAACUCAUCAUCGUUUCCAGGCAAAGUAAUAUUGUCGAAAGUACAACGCAAAGACAUCGAACAAUGAUUGAGAACGGUUUACUGAGACUUUGGUGUAUAUUAGGUUUUCUGUUAUCGGCAUAUGCCACGUAUGUAGAAAUCAAUUUAAUUCUAAAUAAAGACUAUAAGGCCCUGUGUGAUCUGGCACCGAAAAUAAGCUGCACUGCUGCAUUUAGUUCAUCCUAUGGCAAAGGUUUUGGAUUUUUGAAUAAUGUAACUUCGAAGUCUAACAUAUUGUCGGAAUGGAAUCCACCCAAUGGUAUCUUUGGCCUGAUAUACUAUGCAGCAUUGUUUGCAACAGCAAACAAAAACCAGCGCCUGUGUCGCGUGAUCCAGUUUCUAUUUUGCAUUCUAUCCAAUGUAAUGUCUAUAUAUCUGGCCUAUAUCUUGUACAUUUUGGACGAUAUUUGUGUGGUGUGCAUAUCAAUAUAUGUUGUCAACUUCCUGUGUCUGUGGGAAAUGUUAAGAACUGACAAAUGGACGCAAUGUUUCCGUAGUCAAAAAACCCAGUGCCUUAAAACGGAUUAAUCUAUUUGUUUAAACAUUGUAUGUGUAUAUAGUUAAUAAAAUUCAAUUGAAAUUGUUGCAACUGCUCCUCAACCCGGCAUUUGUGAGACAUCAAUAAAAA